GCACUGCUGGGCUGCACUGGUGGGUGGAACUGGUGGGCAGCACUGGUGGGUGGGCACAGGUGGGUGGCACUGAUGGGCACAGGUGGGUGGGCACAGGUGGGCACAGGUGGGUGCACUGCUGGGCACAGGUGGGAGCACUGCUGGGCACAGGUGGGCGCACUGCUGGGCACAGGUGGGCGGAACUUGCGGGUGUCACUGCUGGGCACCGAUCAUCAGGGCACUGAUCAUCAGUGCCCUGAUGAUCGGUGCCGAUCCCCGCUCUGACAACUGCUGGUUCUCGGCAGUACUUUCCUCACGAUCUGACAGCGUGAGGAAAGUGCAGCCGAGAACCGGCACUUGCAU